AUGGAUGCUUGUCACUUAUUACUUGGAAGACCAUGGGUGUAUGAUAUGUGUGCUAAAUAUGAUGAAAACCUUAACAUAUAUUCUUUUACAAAGGAUGAACGUAAGAUUAUUUUAGUACCAUUGAAUCUCGAAGAAGUUGCUAAAUAUCUUAAGCCCAAGGAUGAUUCUUUUGUGACAAAAUUACAAACAAUUGGUCCAAUCAAUAGAGAAAAGUCUUUGAAUGUUGGUAUUACUAUGGAAGAGCACAAGGAGGAGGAGCAUGCACUAGAUCCACAAGUUGAGGAUUUACCUAUGAAGCUUGAUAAUGAUACGUUGGAGCAUCCCAUAUAUGAGCUUAACUUUCCAAAAAAUAGAGAUGCUCAACAUAAUAUUGAUUUGAUUGUUGAUUCUAUCAUUCCAAGAGAGGCAACAUAUUUCGUUAAUGCAAAGUCUAGUCUAACGUUACUUGAUUAUUGCUCAGAUCUCAGGAACUCCAGUAUAGUGAAGCCCAGAAUCACCGGGCACUUUGAGCUGAAACUGAGCAUGAUCCAGUUGCUUCAUGCAAACGGGCAAUUUAUGGGUCUUCCACACGAGGAUCCACAACAACAUAUUCUGAACUUUUUGGAGAUUAGUGAUACUUAUAUCACUAACGGGGUCACUCCAGAUUAUGUGAGGCUCACACUUUUUCCAUUCUCUCUGUUGGGCGAGGCUAAGCGAUGGCUAAAGGCAGAACCAGCUAAUUCCAUUACAUCAUGGAAUGAUUUGGCAAGAAAAUUUCUUGCAAGGUUCUUUCCUUCAGGCAAAACUGUAAAGAUCAGAAGUGAGAUAGUGGCCUUCAAACAGAAAGCGGGAGAAUCUUUAUACUCAGCUAAGGAAAGCAAUCCGGAUUGGCAAGGAGAGAUGGGCAGACACACAGUGCAAAAGUCUGCAGGGGUUCUUGAGUUAGAUGUCGUCUCAGCAUUAUCAGCGCAGAUUUCUACACUGACCAAUCAAGUCAACCAGAUGAACUUGAGUAUCAACAAGCAACAAGCCCAACCACUGCAACAAGUUCAAAUAUUUUGUGAAGUAUGUGGAGAGGGUCACAUAAGCAAUCUAUGCCUAGCAAAUCCAGAGUCUGUAUAUUUUGUGGGUAAUGCAAAUCGAGGCCAAACAAAUCAGUAUGGGGACACUUACAAUCCCAACUGGAGGAACUACCCAAACUUCUCUUGGGGUGGAAACCAGGGCACUCAGAAUCAAUACAGGCCUCAAGCACCUCAACAACAAUAUAGACCACCUCAGGUUGAACAACAAGCGAGUCCUACAAGUCACCUUGAAGACAUGUUGAAAAAAAUGAUGGCUGAACAGCAAGCCCUCGCCACAACAGUGAGAAAUUUGGAGCAUCAAAUGGGACAGCUUGCCAGUGCUCAAAACACUAGACCAGCUGGAGCUCUUCCAAGUGAUACUGAGCCCAAUCCUAAAGCUCAAGUCAAUGCGGUUACCUUGAUAAAUGGAAGAGCACUAGAAGAAGUUCCAAAGAAAAAGAAGAAUACAGAUCAUCCUGAAGGAGAAUUAGCUCCCAAGCCAGUUGAGGGGAAUGAGAAAGAUGAUAAAGGACCCAAGCCAGUAAUUGAGACUAGGCCACCACCUCCGUUUCCACAAAGACUGCAGAAGCAAAAAGAUGAUGUCAAGUACAAGAAAUUCCUCGAUAUUUUGAGCCAAGUGAGCGUGAAUCUGCCUUUGGUGGAAAUUUUGCAGGAAGUGCCUAAGUAUGCAAGUGCCAGAGUUCAGAGUAAACUUCCUUCUAAGUUUAAGGAUCCUGGGAGUUUCACAAUUCCUUUGUCUCUUGGAAAACAAGAAGUUGGUAAAGCCUUAUGUGAUUUAAGGGCCAGUAUAAAUUUGAUGUCAUCCUCUUUGUUCAAGCAACUAGGAUUGGGGGCGCUUAGACCUACUACAAUCACUUUACAGCUAGCAGAUAGGUCACUAGUUAUGCCCAAAGGAAUUAUUGAGGAUGUGUUAGUUCGAGUGGGAAAGUUUAUUCUUCCUGCUGAUUUUAUUGUUCUUGAUUACGAGGCAGAUGAGUAA